AGAAACCGGAUAGAAAGUCCUAAUAAGUCCUCCGGCGCUCUGGGACUAAGGAUUCCGUCAUGGCCUCCUAAGUCCGACGCAUUCGCCAUCUUUUGGAGGUCGGCCUUCACAGGCCCGUGUUCCUCAUGCAAUUCUCAGGAUGGAGUAUCUCAGCGAGACCUCUCUGGUCCCUUGUGGGCAAGACAAAUACAUCUCAAAGAAUGAACUUCUGCUACACUUGAAGACCUACAACUUGUACUACGAAGGUCAAAACCUGCAGCUUCGGCACCGGGAGGAAGAAGGAGAAUUCAUCGUGGAGGGGUUGCUGAACAUCUCCUGGGGCCUGUGCAGGCCGAUCCGCUUGCAGAUGCAGGACGACAACCAGCGUAUCCGCCCUCCUCCUUCCUCUUCCUCCUGGCACUCUGGCUGCAACCUGGGCGCCCACGGGUCUGUCAUCAAACCCACCACCUUGCCUGAUAUUCAGGUCACAGACGCCGAGCCCACAUCAGAAGGGGACGGGGCUGAUGGGAAAAUGGACGACGAGGAACUGAAAACCCAAGCAGAAGAGGUGCCCCAACUGAUGCGGACACGGAGCGAUGUUGGAGUGCGCCGCAGAGGGAACCUUCGCACCCCCAGCGAACAGCGGCGGAUCAAACGCCAUCGCUUCUCCAUCAACGGGCAUUUCUACAAUCACAAAACAUCAGUGUUCACACCAGCAUAUGGCUCCGUCACGAACGUCCGUAUCAACAGCACCAUGACAACACCACAAGUUCUGAAGCUGUUGCUCAACAAAUUUAAGAUUGAAAACUCAGCAGAAGAAUUUGCUUUGUACAUUGUUCACACCAGUGGAGAAAAGCAGAAGCUCAAAGUCACUGAUUACCCACUGAUUGCUCGGAUACUGCAGGGGCCGUGUGAACAGGUUUCCAAGGUUUUUCUGAUGGAGAAGGACCAGGUGGAAGAGGUCACGUAUGAUGUUGCUCAGUAUAUUAAAUUUGAAAUGCCAGUUCUAAAAAGCUUUAUCCAAAAACUGGAAGAGGAAGAAGACCGGGAAGUGAAGAAAUUAAGGCACAAGUAUUCGGUCCUGCGUAUAAUGAUUGAGCAACGAUUAGAAGAGAUCUCUGAAGGCCCAGCAACAAUGUAAAGGUUUCAUUUGGGAGACUGCAGCCCCCUGACCCUCCCACUCCCCAACCAGGCAUCUGGGAAACAGAUUUCCUGAAGAAGACUUGUUUACAUGCUGUUAUGAACAAGGAUAUCUCUUCCUCCUGGAAUGGAGCUUGAAUGAGAACCACUUUGACCACUAUCUUUGCUCCUUUUCCUUUUAACAACAAUGAACUCAGUGGAGAAUUGGGGAAAAUGGAGAGGAUACCUCUCAGCACCAAGUGUUGAACACAGGACAUCUCCGUGUCAGUUCUUUCUGAGCUGCUGCUGGUACUGGAUGAUCAUGCUUGGAACCAGGCCUGCUGGAUGAGAAGCCUCCAGAAGUCAUCCAGAAGUUUCCUCCACAGAGCAAUUCUUACCUUCUCAAACCCUUUUAAAAUUUUGGCCAGGGUUGAGUAUGUGCGUGUGUGUGGUUUUGGGAGUGUGGGGAGGAAAUAGAUGCUUAAUGGAAAACUGUCAUUAAGUUUGCCCUUCACUUGACUUCUCUGGCUUAGCUGUAGUAAGUAUGGACCUGGGUGGAGAUAAAGUAUUAAAAUGCUUUGGAGUUUCCCCAGGACGGCCUAACCUUGUCCAUCCCUCCUCAUCCAGCCAUCCAGGUCUGGUCGUUGUGAUCAUCUCCCUCUCCUGCCAUGCGCAUUGCCACGUUUGUAGUGGCUGUGUUGGGUCUGGCAGAACUCCUGACCUGGCCCCAGCCUUCUUGUGUCUUCUGCUGAACUGAGCCUUGCCCUUCUGUCCACCUGUCCUAUCUUGGUCUAAAGCAACCUCAGAGAUGAGGCUGCCUGCCCAGUGCAGGAGACCUGCUCAGUUUUUCUGGUUCAGCAGUCAAGACUCCCCAGGUGGGCAUGGAAUGUGGAACCUCCAGAAAGCAAAGAUCCUCCGUUGCCUUUUGUUUUUGCAUAGAGCUUUCUCCAAGCAGUUAUUCAUUUACUUUAUUCUCCCCACAUUCACUUCCUAUCCUUCAGUGCUUUACUGUGUUAUGGUACUCAUUUUGUCCCAAGUUUGUGAAUUCCCAGAAUAUGUUGGUAUGAGGGUGGGGUUGGUUGCUGGCAGCUGGGGUCAGGAACGUGGACUCUUUGCAAGUCCUUGCCUAGAGGGGCCUUCUGGCAAGACCAUAGCUCUUCUGCAGCACUACUUUUCACAAAUCCAAAAGCUGUGCUGUGGCGUCUCAGCCCAGCAGGGGCCAUGUGACCUUAUGUUGGAGGUCCUUGUGUUCCUGUUGACUUUGGCCAGGCUCUGGAUACUCUCUGCUGCCACAGACUGUGUAAAUCUGGGAUAAUAGAGAACUAAGCACGCCCAGUGCUGGCAUUUUGAAAGUGUCCCCUGUUCCUUAAAUGCCACAUAUGGGUGCUUCUCAGGAAUGCCGAAGUUCUGCACAGUGGCUGAGCUCACACAAAAUGCCAGUCUAGGCUAACAGGUUAAGUUGCUUGUGGUUCAACUUGUGGGAACCCAGCCAUUAUCUCAGCAUGUUGUGUGAACGAAACCAUAACAUAGCCAUAACGUGGUUUAUGUUUGGGGCAUUGCAUGAGAUAUGAACCCAAUCAUUCCUUUGAGCUGGAUUUAGUGCUGUGUGUGAAUUAAGCCAUUGAGUGACUGGAGAUCAACCCACCUUUCUCACUGAGCACCUUCCCAAAUGUUUUGGACUGUAACUUGUGUGAACGUAGGCUGCCAUCUUCCACUGAGUUAGGUCAUGGAUCUUUCGUGGAGAUCAUCAGUAAUGAUUGGCAGAAACCCUCCAGAGAGCUGGAAUCUUUCAGAUCCUUCUGGAAGCACCACGGAUUGAACCUUGGACCUUCUCUUUGCAAGGCAGGUGUUGGCCAGAUUGGGUGAGGUAGAUGAAUAUUGUAGUCCAAUACACUGGAGUGCAUCAAUUUUAUGAAGGUCAUAUGGAGCAAGGAAAUGGGGGGGGGGGUUAGAUAUGCAACUCCUAUUAAUUGAUCUUUGAAAAAAAACGAUAGUUGAUUUUAGUUAAAAUGAUGAGCUGUAAUGGGGUAGCAAAAACAACAGAUGCUUUAGAAACUAUAACAAUUGUUAUUCAUUCUCUACAUCUGUGGGGCUUCACUUUGGCCUUGCUUGAGAUCUGAAGUAGGUUUGAUUCAGCACCUGACGUGCACUCAACAUAAAAGUUGACUAGAAGCAUUAUUUUCAAAGCCCUUCCCCAACAUUAUACCCAGGGUUAUUGCAACAGACUCCACAGAAAUCUAUUGUUGCCUCUUCAGGGUAGUAAUGAAAAGGAGGACUGUUCCUGUUCCCAUCUUUUUCUGAAAAGCUCUUUUUCACAUCAUCCUGGACGGGAGUAAUUUGGAACAAAGAAGGCAAGAUGGGCCAGUUUCUCUGAUGUGCUUCUUUCUGCUUGCAGCACUUUCUCCUGAAAGUUUUUUUCCUCCAAGGACAGGAACAGGGUGAAGAUCUAGGUGGGCAUUCCAUGUUUCGUCUGGAGGAGAGGAAUUGCAGCAAAAGGAGACUAUGGAAAGAAGUUCCUUGCCCACUUCUCCCCUCUCCACUGCUUUGUGCCAACAAAAGUUUUGCUACUCCUGUUUACACAUAAAGGAGAAUUAUCGCUUCAGUUUGGAC